AUGCAGGAGCAAAGGGCUUCUCCAGGGGCUGACGCAGGAUCACACCAUGGAGCCAUCGGUGGACACGCGGCGAAGCUGAGGGAGGCCCCGAUCCUGCAGACGUGCCGCAGGCAGGCCCCUCCGAGUCAGCAGGGCUGCACACGGCGGGCCACGCGGACCCCGAGGGGCCAGGGCUGCAGACAGGGAUGUGCCGGCCACGAGGAGGCUGCAGGGAGCCUCGCCGGGGCCGAGCAGCCCGGCACGCUGCUCAUCGCACCUUCCCGUGCUGGUGCCGUCAUCAUCGUGUCCCUCGUCUGGGCAGGAGGGAGGAAGUGGGUGGAGGAUGAGACCGAGCGGGUGGAAACACCUGCCACAGCAUCAGGCCUUGGGGAGCAGGGCCCGAGCCCGAGCAGCGAGGCCCAGACAGACCUGCACGGGGCAAGGGGACAGGGCAAGGGCCACUCCCUGCCACAUGUGCUUUUCUCGAGAAGCACGACGGCUCUCGAGGUGCCUCCGGCACAGCCCGUGCCGGCUGGCACCGGGGGCUCCCCGGCAGGGCCAUCCGGGCCCCGCGGCAGAGCGGGAAGGGCAGAGGCAGCGACCGGCCCCGGGUUGUUUUUUCCUUGCGGCGCAGCUGAAGAGGAGAGCGAGCGAGCGCGCGCACGAAAACACGGCUCUGUCCCGGGAGCCAGGCUCUGCAGAGGCAGCUUCCGCCCCGAUCCCAAGCCGCUAUCAGCCGAAUGCCAGAUGUUCCGAUACGAUGCCAAUGUCAUAGCAAAUAAAUCUCUGGCAGGUUCAAGGUCUCGGCAGAGCUGGGUAGACGCAGCAGCUCAGCUGCGCGGCCCAAGAGGCCGGCGGGGAAGGAUCCUCUGCAGUGUCCACUUCCUCCUGCCAGCAUUGUUCCCCCGGGAAGCCCCGGCCCCUGCCUGGCUAUUUUUGCAGCUAGGUGUUUGCAGGGGUAAGCAUGUCCUCGCUGGCCUUGGGCACUUUCCCUGCGAGCAGGCUUCUUCCUGA